GGCGGUAAUGUAGUUGUAAAGCAGUUUACCAGGUGCUAACACAAACAAGAAGAAAAAGAAGAAGAAGAAGUAAAACGAUUCUGGUUUUUGGUAGCUUAUGCCUCCAAAUAUGUGACAAAUUGUGAGGUUAACCACAUUUCGGACACACUCUCUACUUUAACUGCCAUCACCUGCAUACCAUGGCGGGUUAUCAGUUUCCGCUGUACAUGGACAUCUCAGCCGAAAAGGACUGUUGCUGUUUUUGUUGCUCUUGUUGUUAUUGUAGCUAGCGCUAGCGUUAGCUAAGUUAGCUAAAGUUAACACUGCUGUCUUCGCUCUCAGUAUAACCGAGGUUGAUUCAUUGCUGCGGGGCAGUAAACCGCAAAAACAAGGUAACUCUGGAGCAAGUUGCAGGCAUAAACUAGUGACCUGACCAAUGUUUAUGUCACGCUUCUUAACUCAUUACGUAAUUGCCAUUAGCCAGUAUUUUGGGCAAGGUUGUAACGUUAGUGCACGAUAUGCUAACUUUAUUUGACAACUAACGUUGACUAACGUGAAAUUUAACAUCUGCCGAAGAAGACACCUCAAUUCAAAUGUUAUUGUUAGUCAAGGUUUGCUAACACGCCUAAUGUUACCAGCAGAGUAAGCAUUAACGUUAACUAGUUGUUAACUGUCUUACGUUACAUGUUUUGAGAUGGAGCAGCAGAUAGCAGCCAGUGAGAUGGCUCUCGUUCCUCGCAACACAUCUGUCUGAGUUGUACGUCUGUGAAAGAGAAAUCAUGUCUUGCAAAGCCGCAACCAAGGACAAGAAAUCGAGCUUCAGUAAGAAGCUGUUCAGGCGAGGCUCUGUGCGCUCUGUGGGCAGUUUUAUGAGCAGAAUCCUGAGGACACUGACAGCGUUAUCCCACUUUGGAUCUGAAGUGCAAACAGAGGAUGACAAAGAUGAUGGAGGAUUUUCCACUUUUAAAUCUGGAAGUAAAGAUGUGCCCAUGGAUGAUGGGGACCUCGGGGUUUUCCUCUCUGGAGAGAGAGUUCCUGGAGUGUCAGGUCUCAAAAACCACGGGAAUACCUGCUUCAUGAAUGCAAUUCUGCAGUGCCUCAGUAACACUGAACUCUUUGCGGAGUACCUCGUUCUGGAGCACUAUAAAGAUGAGGAGCUGGAUGAAGACAAACCAAAGACAAAUGGUAUACAUCUACAGAAGAAGGGUCCUCUGGCCAAAGGAGAGGUUACAGAGCAAUUGUCAGGACUUGUGCGGGCUUUAUGGACGUUUGAGUAUACCCCCCAGCACAGCAGGGAUUUUAAGAAUGCUGUGUCAAAAAACGCCACCCAGUUUAAAGGGAAUGCUCAGCACGAUGCUCAAGAGUUUCUACUGUGGCUGCUGGACAGAGUACACGAGGACCUCAACACAGUCAACCCCAACAGCAGGCCUGCUAUAAAGCCACCUAUUGAAGAAGAUGACCAAAGCAUAGAGGGGCCAUCUCCUCCCCUCUCUGCUGGGUCGUUUGUACAAGAACUGUUUCAGGCUCAGUACAGGUCUUCUCUUACCUGUCCACAUUGCCAAAAGCAGAGCAAUACCUUUGAUCCCUUCCUCUGCAUCUCCUUACCAAUUCCACUGCCACACACGCGGCCCCUGUAUGUGACAGUGGUCUACCAGGGGAAGUACUCUCACUGCAUGAGGAUUGGAGUUGCUGUUCCCCUCAACAGCACUGUCUAUCGCCUCAGAGAUGCUGUGUCACGUGAGACCAAGAUCCCAAUGGACCAGUUUGUUUUGACUGAAAUGUACUAUGAUGGCUUUCAUCGUUCAUUUUGUGAUGAUGAUGAUGAUCUUGACAUCAUUCAAGAGAGUGAUUCCAUAUUUGCCUUUGAGACACCAGAGACCUUCAAACUGGAAAACAUACGCACAAAAAGAGGAAGUCUUCUGGCAAACCUGAAUCAUAACAACUUGAAGUAUGGGACAGAAAUCAGCAGGACUCCAUCUUUCAUGCAGGGGGCCAUGACUCCUUUAACUGCAUCACCCAAUAAAAACCUGGGACCAGAAAAAAUAAUCCUUCUGGUGUGUAACAGAGCUUGUAGCGGCCACCAAGGAAAGAGGUUCGGACUCCCUUUUGUACUGUACAUGGAGCGCACUGUGACCUGGGAUGCUCUACAAAAAGAGAUUCUGGAGAAAAUGCGUCAUCUAUUGAGGCCUGGGGUCUACAUUCAGGUUGGACCUUUCAGUCUUCGGGUGGUUGGCGUUGUUGGUAUCACCUACCUCCUUCCUCAAGAUGAACGACCACUGUGUCACCAAACUGUGGAUAGAGCAUACAAGUCCUGUGGACAAGGAGGGCCACCACAUGUGAAGAUUGUGGUAGAGUGGGACAAAGAGACCAAGGAAUAUCUGUUUGGACACACUGAGGAGGAGUACAUUCCUGAUGCUGAGAGUGUGUAUCUGCACAGGGAACAACAUCAUCAGCCGCAGGCCUGCACCCUCGCUCAGUGCUUUCAGCUCUACACUAAGGAGGAGCAGCUGGCCCCAGACGAUGCCUGGCGCUGUCCCCACUGCAAGCAGCUGCAGCAGGGCCGCAUUAAGCUCAGCCUGUGGACGCUGCCGGAUGUGCUCAUACUGCAUCUCAAGAGGUUCAGACAGGAGGGGGACCGGAGGGUAAAAAUGCAGAACAUGGUGAAGUUCCCACUGGUGGGCAUGGACAUGGCACCUCAUGUGGUUAAGAGAAGCCAGAGCAGCUGGAGUUUACCUUCCCAUUGGUCGCCAUGGAGACGGCCAUAUGGCCUGGGAAGAAACCCAGAUGACUACCUGUAUGACCUGUAUGCUGUGUGCAACCACCAUGGGAACAUGCAUGGAGGCCACUACACAGCCUACUGUAAGAACUCCAUUGAUGGUCAGUGGUACUGCUUUGAUGACAGUGAGGUUUCACCAGUAGCUGACGAUGAUGUGUGUCAGCAGAUGGCAUAUAUACUCUUCUACCAGCGGAGGACAGCUAUUCCAUCCUGGUCGGCCAACAGCUCUCUUGCUGGUUCCACCAGUUCAUCCCUGUGUGACCACUGGGUCAACAGGUUACCUGGCAGUAGGCCUGCUAGCUUGGCCUCUGGAGCCUCAUCCAGGCGCACCUCUCUGGCAUCAUUGGCUGAGUCAGUAGAGUUUCCAGGAGAACGCAUUGAAGAUGAUGGAGGAUUCUCGGUCCGCCCUUUUGUGAGGAGCAUUCAGCGUCAGAGCUUGUCCUCUAGGUCUUCCAUCGCUAGCCCUUUAGCCUUCAGCGACAGUGGGAUAAAGCCUUCUUGGUCUCUUUCUGCAAAGCUGCACAUGCGAUCCAACUCACCCUCACGUUUCUCCCUCGACUCUCGAUGCUCUCCUCCUCUAGAGAGGAUAGGAGAGGCCUGUGAUGACAAAGUUUCCACUUCCUGUUUUGGCAGCUACAGUAGACACGAACGCUACUUUGGCAGCAGGUCUCCCCUGUCUAUGAUGGAGAGCAAUUUGAGUGACCAGGACAACAAUAAAAGGUUCCUAGACAUGAUGUACUGCAGGGCUCCCACUCCAGUGGAAAAAAAGAGCACCAAAAAUGAGCCAACUGAAAACAACAACCAGAUAACAGCUAUAGACCAAAACAUUCUACCCACCCAAACUACUCCCUCCAAAGAACAGAAACGUAAGAGCAGUAUCGGAGGAUUUGCCUCAAAGACAGAAAGCACAGGCUCCACAAAGAGUUCCAGCAAAGUGGAGCAAGAGAAAACCUCCAAAAAACGUUUGUGCUCUACCCUUAAGACCUCUGCUUCUGAGACGUCUUCCAGCGCACCUGUGAAAGGCAAAAAAAUAAGCAAUACUAAAGAAAAGAGUGUAAAUGCCAAGAAAAGCACCUCUACACCCAGUGGAACUCCCUCCAAAACAAAGGAGGCAACUCAACCUCUAGAGGCAACGCCACAACAUAAGCCAUGCGUCCGCUCCACACCUCAGUCUUCAGCUUCUCCCUCGCCAACUGCAAAGAAGAAUUCCAGUGCCACUGAGAAAAGCUCCACGAGUAGUCGGAAAAAGCUGGUAGAAAGAAGCUACAGCAGAGAUUCUAUGCACACUAGCCCGCUGGCCGACAAUCUCCGAGGCAGUUUGGUAGCCCGCUCUUCACUGUCUAAGAGUGGGGAAAACAACCGAUCUGAGAGGAGAUUUGUGAGGAGCGCCAGCAGCAGCUCUUCUGUCACUAGCCUGCGCUCACCCAGCGUAUCCACCAGAGACCUGCAGCGCAGUAGCAAACCUGAGGAAAAAGGGUUGUCUUUCUUCAAGAGCGCCCUCCGACAAAGGGAAAGCCGCCGGUCGGCUGAUUUAGGAAAGAGCACCAUGCUUGCCAAAAAGGCCUCUGAGAGGACAUGCAAGCAGAAUGGGCAAGCCAAGGACAUCAGUGGUGACAAUGGAAAGACAGGAGAUGCUGUCUCUUCACAGAAAUCUAUUGAGAAUCAUGCAGGUGAGACAAAGUCAGAGACAAAGACGUCUUCCAAGCCCCCCAGCUCUCUCAGUCGCACUCUAUUAAACGUUGGCAAAUCCAAGUCUUCCACUUCUGAAGUAAGUCUCAAGUCUCCCACAAACGGGAAGAAGCCUCUUGAAAGGCUGGCUUCUUCCCGAAAGCUGUCAUCAAGCAUGCAAUCUCCUGCACGUACAACACAGAGGCCUCAAUGAUAUAUCCAUAGUAGUUAUGUUUAACUUAGAUAAUGCAGCUAUUUUCUUUGUGCCUAAGUUUCAGUGAGCACCAGAUGUAUUUGUAAAGAGACAUUUUUUGAUGUUAUGGUUUUGUACACUGGCAUCAGAGUUGAGGUUUGAAUAUUGGCAGCCAGCUUUGAGUAUUUUUAGCUGUACGUGAUAAAGAGUAAAGUUCUUAACAUCAUCUACAUAUUUUUUUAAGCAGUGUAUAUUGUUUCCAGUUACACCUUUGAGCAUUAGGUAUGAUUUUGAUGCGAGUGAGAAAUGGAGUGAAGGGUGAUCGCUUGACACAGAUGUUUUCUGGCAUGGAGGGUACAUGAACGUGCCAUAUGCAUUCAGCUGUACAACAGGACCUAUUUGAUUGUGUGUACUGGAGGCCUAUAUGACAGCUGACAGAAUUCCCUAUUGGAAUCAUGAAAUCCAAUUAUCUUUUUUCUUCAGGCAAGAGACUUGUUACAUCCUUGCAUCAUUGCAAACAAUAAGUUUAGUUUGCUUGCAAAAUGUUGUGCCAGCAAAACCUGAUUUGAAAUGCAGCAGCGUAUACAUUACAAGAAAUUAAGGGGGUAAGAAACAUUUUCACCUUGUAUGCACCAACAGUACAUGAUGUGUCUUAUAGAGUGACAUUUUGAACUUAUAUAGAUACACACAUACAUUCUUGCAAUUAAGAUGGAAAUAAGCUGGCUGUUGCUGCUUAAACCUCCCUUGGAGAGCAGUGAGAACAGAACCUUAACAUCAAAAAUAGUCUCUGGACAAAUACUGAAACUGAGUUGAUAUGCUCACACACACACACACACAUACAAAAGAGUUUCAUUCCGAAAUAAUUGUGGCUAAGCGUUAAGCGUAGAAAUUUUCAUUGAUUGUUUUAAGUAAAACCUGCAAUCUGUUUUUCAAACACUUUCUCCUUACACCUCAUGCAUUGGUUAAUAGGGGUACUAUGAGUGUUUUUUUUGUGGAGGAAAAGACAUUAAUAAAUUAUAUGUACUGAUGAGUAAUUUCAUGUUUCAUGUCUUGAGAGUAUUGAGGAUUGAUACGUAGCUGACAAGACAAAUAAGAAAUGAUUUUAAACUUCCUGAUUAUGAACAUUAAAAGAAUAGAAACACAGAGGUGAUGGCAGGCCCUGGACCAAAACAGAAAAGGAUUUGAAAUGAGAGAGGAUUAGAAUCGGUACACACAUUGAGACAAGUUUUCCAAUAUUUUAAAACUUUAUUUUUGUUUAAUACUAGUGCUUUUAGAUAGAAAUGUAUUUUAUCAAAUGCUUAUUGAAGUUUAACUACUUUUUUCUCAAAAGGAUGGUGUGUUUUGGAAUGAAACCCUUUAAAAUCAAAGUAUAGAAAUACUAACACACACACACACACAAACUUAUAUAUAUAUAUAUAUAUAUAUAUCUGUACAGAUAUUGGUAAAUAUAUAGUAUAUAGCCCUUUUUUUUCUUUCCAUGAGCUAGAUGAAAAUUAUCUUAAGCGCCUUUCAGUACUGGACAUGGAAACAUUGUAGUCUACUACUGUAUGCAUCACUGAAUAGGAAUGUUGUAUUGUUUGCACUUUGUAUAGAUAAAGUAGUUUUCUUUUACCUAGAACCAUCACAUAUAUAAAUACACACUAACUUAACAAUGUAAUUAUCUCAUUUUUAAUAUAGUGUCUGUUCAUGAUUUUAAGACAUAUCGUAAAGUAGUGUCAACAAGCCUUAGACUUGAAAUGGUAAAAGGGUACAUUCAUCUCAAUGUUUCAGGGGUCAUUUUAAGAAAUCACCCCUUUACGACACCUGGUGCUGUAACAGACCAAUGCUCCUCUGGCACUGAUAUUUCUUAAAUGAGCAUAUUUUCAAAUGCUGACGUUGACCACGCACUUCAGUGAACCAGAAACCCAUUGGCAGCAUUUAUCAUAUCACCUAUGGUACCUCAUUGGAGAAGACAAUACUUUGCCAUUUUUUUCUUCAUGAGGCUGAAACAGAAUAUUGACAAUGAGCCAUUUAAUUAAUCAUAGAACUACAUUUAUACUGUCUCUGAGCAGUUGUUGUGCAAAUAUGUUUAUGUAGGCUGAACUAUAGACACUGCGUGGUAUAUUUCUUUUGCAGUAAAAUGACAGCAGCAAAGGCAGAGGCAGAAUAUUGUCACUGCAGCUAUCAUGAAGCUUGCUGGUCUCGUUUUGAAUAAUCAGCUUUAUCAUUGUAAAUGCAAUAUUCAUACAUUAGAUACCAGCAUAGUGUAUGUUUUUGAUGAAUGAAUGUGGUUAUACCAUUGAAAUCCAACCAUUAGUAAGUAGUUUUUACUUUAAACAUUAAAAUAAGUUUUGAAUUAUAGAUCUACACUAACUUUCUCUGUAGCAUCUAACAGGUUUACAUUGGUUCUCAGAUGGUUUCAGAGGAAAUACGACUCAAUUUAAAGAUUUAUGUAUGUUAUUUAAAUGGCCUGUCCAGAGUUUGAGCAAAUCAGCAGCCUUAAUGUUCCUGGUUUUAAAUUUGUGACAUUGUUUUUUAGUCAGGGAGGUUUGCUUUUGGAGUAACCAGACCAAAUCAAAUUUUGAGAGCAGUGUUUUACAUCUCAUGAUGUAACAAAUAACUGUCAGGCGAAAUAGAUGUCAUGUUUUUCUCUGGUGACUUUUGCAACAGUUGGAUAGCAAGUUGAAUGCUACAGCUUGUUUGUUGUUUGUUUGUUACCCAGCAAUGUUUCAUUUUAAAGGUCCAGUAUGUAGGAUAUAGUGGCAUCUAGCAUUGAAAUUGCUCUGAUCACCCUCCCCUUCCAAGCGUGUGGGAGAAACUACAGUGGGCGCGAAACAUGCGAACGGCCCAAUGUAGAGCCAAUGUUUGGUUUGUCCACUUGGCUACUGUAGAAACAUGGCGGUGC